UACCCUUCUCCAUACAGAUUACCUUCGAGGAAGGUGUGACUUGUUUCCCGCACACCAUCUCUCCUUUUGCCUGUCCAAACCUCCACCUCUCCGUGUUUCAAGAGCUCGCACGCCUUCUCGAAAAGACGCAAACCGACUUUCAGCCCAACCAAAGACCCUGUUCCAUCCCACCGGAAUACCUGGGCCGUUUUGUGUUGCUGUUGCUGCUGCUGCCGCGUCUCGCCUUGGGAGCUCCCGUGUUUACAGUCCCGGGCCGUCAUUGUUUACUUCGGUCAUCUUCACGACCGUAUCAAAUCCCGCCUAAACAAUCGGAGCGAAAACCAUCGACGGAAAAAGGAGAGCAGCUCGAAUCCGGCCUCACAAUGGCUGCGUCGUCCAACCCCGCAAUUUCCCGCAGUGGCUCGCCCGCACCGGACUCUGUCCCUCGGCCAGCUCUCGGAGGCCACUCGGGUGCGUCGCGUUGUCUUUCGACCGGUUCGACCAUGUCGCACGGUUCUGCAACUACCGAAGCUUCCCAUUAUCGAGAAUCCUUGGGUAGCGAUGGGUCUACCUUUUCCCGCCACUCGUCAGCGAGCUAUCGCCUUUCCGACAUCAGCGUCAACGGCGAUCAGCUACGGCCCCGAGACUCGACUUGCAGCGCACCAGACACACCGAGGGGGAGGAGCCCAAGCAGGCGUCGGGGUUACAUGCGCCCGCAGGGCACUGACUUUGCCGCCAGCGCCCGGGCGCGGGAAAGUGUGCUCAGCCUGGGCAGCAUCACCCAUCUGCAGUAUUACUUUGCCCGGACCGGCUUGCUGGACGGCAAGGGGGGGCGAUUGGCUCGGAAACGGGGCGACAAGGCGCACACUCUGGACCUGUCGUCGCUCGAUCCCAGCGUGUUCCUGUCGCCCAAGUCAAGCAGCGACCACGACUCGAGUUAUGCAUCCAUGGGGAGCAGCCCGGAACUGACGUCGCUUGGCGGGUUCGCCAGCGCGAUGGGGCUAGGCGCUGGCCCGAUGGUCGAGUCUCCUAUCUCAGAGUAUCACCCGGAUCACCCAGAUCCGCAAGACGAAGAUUACUUCUCGGACGAAUUAGAGAUCGACCCGAACAUGCCGCCGCCCACAACUAGCACCUACAACCACCGCGAGAAACAUGUGCCGAAACCGCCCUCGAUCGCCGAGCUGAGGUCCGACCUAACGAAGUCGCUCGACGUCGCCGAGCAGACCCUGCGCGAGUCCAAGAGCGGAAAAGUACCCCCGGGGCUCACCAUCCGCAUCGAGUCGGCAGAUGCUCAGCCCGAAAACCCACGGCGGCCCUCAAUCCCAUCCGCCGGAUGGUACGAGAUCCAGGGGAUGAACAUCCUCGACGUCAUGACUCUAGCCAUCAGGGCCGCCAAGAUCUACUACACCUCGCACGACCGACCCGACCGCCUCGAUGCUAUCAAGUCGGAGAAGGUUCUGCGCGGCGAGCUGCUGUCGGUCAUGGAUAUUCUCAAGCGCAUGGCCACUAGGGGUUUUGCCGGCGGCAUGCGAGACGACGAGUUCCGCACCAUGGAUAGCUGGAUCGCUAGUGUACGCGCCAUGCUGGUCAACGAGGACGCUAUGGAGGCCAAGGAGAUCGCCGAGCGGUCGUCGUGGGCCUGGCUCAACCCGGAAGGCUGGGAAGGCCGCGAGUUCGAGCGCGAAGAGGCAUUUAUGCGGUCCAUGCUCAAGGGUCCCGAUCCAAUCGAGAACAUGCCCGUCAUACCGGAGUGGAAGCCCAUUGACCGGACUCUGCCCUUGGAAUCGCAAUCCCUCCCGACACCCUUCCUCGCCGCGCUCUCCAACGGCCAGCGCCUGGUCCAACUGCACAACUGCUCAGUCCGCAAAUCCCGCCGUCGCUUCGGCGCCAUCCCCAACUUCUACGCCAACACCCAGAAGCCAUACCGUGGCGCGGAUAACCUGCGCUACUGGCUCAAGGCAGCCGAGCUGCGCUGGGAGGUAAUGCUCAAGGCCGACCCGCUCGGCCUGCAGUACAACACCGGCCCGGAACUCUGGGUCGAUUUCGAGGACGCCGUACUCCAGUGGUGCCGCAAGGUGCGCGAAGAGAUCGCCGCCGAGCUGCGGGAGCCGGAGCCGACGUCGCCUGCGUAAUAAUCACUGCUGCAACCUGCAGGCGGUGCGCAAACAGACAAAGGGGAUAGAAAGAGUGUGUGGUUAUUUACGACUGGAAAGACGUUAUGACUUCUUUUCCUGGCUGCCUUCAGCCGCAUGCUCGACCCAUUUAUUCAUUCAGCUUCCGCUUUUUUCGGAUGGUCGAGCUAUACUUCUCAACUCAACACCCUUUUUAGCCAGCCGCGACUGGCUUUGUUUACAACGCUUCUAUUUGCACCAUCCGCCCAACGACCCCUGAAAUGCGCAUUCUGUCAAC